CCAAUCUCUGCUUUAAGUAUCCCUUUUAACACUUCCAUUACAUUCAUUCCACCUGAAAUAUAUAUUAUAGUUUGAAGCUUAAAUCCGCAAAUUCACAUCUUAUAUUUCCUGUAAGAGUACAUAUACAAGAAAGAGGUAUCGGCGGCAGGAAACAGAGAGAUUACAGAGGGGAUGAUGGGAACCCAGAAACAGAGGAAAAGGGAAAUCUGCGAAUGGAUGAAUGAGUAAUAUGUGCCAAAGGCCAUUACUUGAUUUCGUCAGCUUUCUCUCUUUCUCUGUGAAACCCAAAAACAACGGCAGUUUUGAUUUAUAAGGUGUAUUCCGUAUAUGCUCCUCCACUCAUCAAAAAACCCAUAGCCACCCUGUAUUUCUUUUUCUUCCCCAUGGAAACCAUUUUUUCUUCUUUUCCUUCUCUUGAUUCUCGGCUUUUGAACCCUUCUCUUCCCCUCCCUCGUCGUCCACGGUGGCCCAGAAUGGAUUCCUCCGUCCCCCACCACCGUACCAACCAAAGCAAGAUCAAACUCAUCGUCCUCGUGGGUGCUACCGGUUCUGGGAAAUCCCGUCUGUCCAUCGACUUAGCGAGCCAUUUCCCCCACUCUCAGAUCGUGAACUCGGACAAAAUGCAACUUUUCAGUGGGUUAGAUAUAACCACCAAUAAGAUCCCUCUCGAUGAAAGGAGAGGGGUACCGCACUUUCUUCUGGGCGAGUUCGACUCGAUCGAAGCAGACGUGGCAGCGUCGCAGUUCCGUUCCGUCGCGGGUUUGACCAUCGUCGACAUUGCCUCGCGUGGGAACUUGCCGCUUCUCGUUGGUGGGUCCAACACUUUCAUUCAUGCUCUCCUUGUGGAAACCUUUGACCCCGAAGAGGACGUGUUUGCCGAGUCGGGCUCCCGGAGUCACCUGUUGAGGUAUGACUGCUGUUUCCUUUGGGUCGACAUGGCUUGGUCGGUACUCACUGAGUACCUAUGCAAAAGAGUUGAUGAAAUGCUUGAGUCGGGGAUGUUCGAGGAGUUGGCUCAGUUCUAUGACCCAACCAAAGCGGGUGUCAUGGUGGGGUUACGAAAAGCAAUCGGAGUACCCGAAUUCGAUGCCUAUUUCAGGAAGUACCCGCCGUGGGAAAGCCCGAAAAACGGCGUCGUUCCCGGGAAGGACAGUGACCCGAUCCGAAGGGAAGCGUACGAGGAAGCUGUAAAGGAGAUAAAAGAUAACACGUGUCGAUUGGCAAAGAGACAAAUAGGAAAGAUUCUACGGCUGAAAGAGGCGGGGUGGGACCUCGUUAGAUUAGACGCAACUGCAACGUUUCAAGCAUUGAUGAAGAGAAAGAAAAAGCAGCAGCCGUCGUCAUCAUCCUCCCCGGCGGCGGUGGCGGCGGAGUUAGAAUGGAGGGAGAUUUGGGAAAUGGAAGUGUUGGAACCAAGCGUAAAGAUUGUGAAGCGAUUUUUGGAGUAGGUUUUCCAACUAAUUUAUUCUUUGUUUCAUUCCAAAAAAAAAACUCUCUACAAAAAUCAAAUUAGCCGAAGUGGACCAACCGGCUCAGAACCGUCGAACCAAUGGUCAAUGGUGAGGCUCGUGUUUGGACCAUGGCUAGGGUGGGGUGAACUAAAGUUUGGCGGGAGUGGCUCUAUACAGAAACAAUAGUUAUCAAGAAA